CCCCGGCCCGCGCCCACCCGCAGGCCUGGGCCGCGGGCUGCCGGCCGAGUGGCCGCGGCUCUGGGGGCCGGCCUGGGCCGGCGCCGGGCCCCGGGCCGGGGGUGCCGAGCGAAGCCCGGGGCGCCAGGCCGAGCCGAGGUGGGACGGACCGACGCGGGGAGGACGGGAAGCUGCAUCCCGCCGCCGGCCUGCCGGGCCGGGGGGCGCCGGCCGGGGCGCCCCUGCCCGAGCCCACCGCCCCCGCCCGGGCCGGAACAAUGGGGCCGGGGCCCGAGGAGUCGCCCUGGAGCGGGAGCGGGAUACAAUCUUGAAACAAAUUUCCUACCUACUCAUACUUGGUGACUACUGGAAUUACUAAGGCUCGCUUCUCAUUCGCUUUUGAGUACUGCCUGAACUCCUGACACUAUGAAUACUAUUUGGAUGCUUCUGAAGUCUGUUCUCUGGGGAGGCAGUGAGGGGCCGCAGAGCUGGCCUCGGCACCGGGAGAGGCUGGACUUCCUGUCUCUCUGUGCUGAAUGGCUGCGAUGGCGCCCGCUCUCACUGACGCAGCAGCUGAAGCACACCAUAUCCGGUUCAAACUGGCUCCCCCAUCCUCCACUUUAUCCCCGGGCAGUGCCGAAAACAACGGCAACGCCAACAUCCUUAUUGCUGCCAACGGAACCAAAAGAAAAGCCAUUGCUUCAGAGGAUCCCAGCCUAGACUUCCGAAAUAACCCUACCAAGGAAGACCUGGGAAAGCUACAACCGCUGGUGGCAUCUUAUCUCUGUUCUGAUGUGACAUCGGUUUCCUCAAAGGAGUCAUUAAAGUUGCAAGGUGUCUUCAGCAAGCAGACGGUCCUUAAAUCUCACCCUCUUUUAUCUCAGUCCUAUGAACUCCGAGCCGAGCUGUUGGGGAGACAGCCAGUUUUGGAGUUUUCCUUAGAAAAUCUUAGAACCAUGAAUACGAGUGGUCAGACAGCUUUGCCCCAAGCGCCUGUAAAUGGGCUGGCUAAGAAAUUGACUAAAAGCUCAACACAUUCUGAUCAUGACAAUUCCACUUCCCUCAAUGGGGGAAAGCGAGCUCUCACUUCAUCUUCUCUUCAAGGGGGUGAAGUGGUGGCAUCUGAUUCUGGGGACUUGAAGGGGGGUAUGACCAAUUGCACUCUUCCACAUAGAAGCCUUGAUGUAGAACAUACAACUCUCUUUAGCAAUAAUAGCACUGCAAACAAAUCUUCUGUCAAUUCCAUGGAGCAACCUGCACUUCAAGGAAGCAGUAGGUUAUCACCUGGCGCAGACUCUAGUUCUAACUUUGGGGGCGUCAGGUUAGAGGGUAAGAAGUCUCCCCUGUCUUCCAUUCUUUUCAGUGCUUUAGAUUCUGACACAAGGAUAACAGCUUUGCUCCGGCGACAAGCUGAUAUUGAGAGCCGUGCCCGCAGGUUGCAGAAGCGCUUACAGGUCGUGCAAGCCAAGCAGGUGGAGAGGCACAUACAGCAUCAGUUAGGUGGAUUUUUAGAGAAGACUUUGAGCAAACUGCCAAACUUGGAAUCCUUGAGGCCCCGGAGCCAGUUGAUGCUAACUCGGAAGGCCGAGGCUGCAUUAAGAAAAGCUGCCAGUGAGACCACGAGUUCGGAGGGCCUGAGUAACUUCCUGAAAAGUGAUUCGGUUUCGGAAGAACUGGAGAGAUUUACAGCUAGUGGUAUCGCCAACUUGAGGUGCAGUGAACAGGCGUUCGAUUCAGAUGUCACUGACAGUAGUUCCGGAGGAGAGACUGAUAUUGAAGAGGAAGAACUCUCCAGAGCUGAUCCCGAGCAGCGCCAUGUGCCCCUGAGGCGCAGGUCAGAAUGGAGAUGGGCUGCGGACCGAGCAGCGAUCGUCAGCCGCUGGAAUUGGUUGCAAGCUCAUGUUUCUGACUUGGAAUAUCGAAUUCGGCAGCAAACAGAUAUUUACAAACAGAUACGUGCUAAUAAGGGAUUGGUAGUUCUCGGGGAGGCACCUUCCCCGGAGCAUGCAGCCGACCUGUUUCUUCCGCUUAGUACUGAAGUGAAGACAGAACCCGGGAAUGAUAAACUGAUCGAGUCUGUUACUCAGUCACUGGAAAACCAUGGUGCCUCUGGUCAUUCUUCAGAGUCAUUAACUACCAAAUCAUGUGGAGCAUUGAGACCUGUCAACGGAGUCAUUAACACUCUUCAGCCUGUCUUGGCCGACCACAUUCCAGGUGAUAGCUGUGAUGCUGAGGAACAGUUACAUAAAAAGCAGCGGCUGAAUCUAGUUUCUUCAUCCACGGACGGCACCUGUGUGGCAGCUAGAACACGUCCUGUCCUGAGCUGUAAGAAACGGAGGCUUGUUCGACCCAGCAGCAUCGUUCCUCUUUCCAAGAAGGUUCACCGGAACAGCAGCACGCGCUCUGGCUGUGAUGUGAACCCCUCCUGCGCCCUGUGUGGCUCGGGCAACACCAGCACCAUGCCUCCAGAAAUCCACUAUGCAGCCCCCCUGCUGGAACGCCUUUCCCAGCUGGACUCCUGUGUUCACCCGGUUCUGGCGUUUCCUGAUGAUGUCCCCACAAGCCUGCACUUCCAGAGCACGCUGAAGUCCCAGUGGCAGAACAAGCCAUUCGACAAACUCAAACCUCCCAAAAAGUUCUCACUUAAGCACAGAACACCCAUGCCAGGCAGCCUCCCCGAUCCAGCUCGCAGUAAAGACAGGCACAAGUUGGUCAACUCCUUCCUAACAACAGCCAAGCUGUCCCAUCACCAAACCCGGCCUGACAGGACCCACAGGCAGCACUUAGACGAUCUGGGGGCCGUGCCUCUGGGGGACAGAGUGACAGCGCCCAAAGCAGAGCGCUUGCUCAACCCACCGCCACCUGUCCAUGACCCAAACCACAGCAAAAUGAGAUUGCGAGACCAUUCAUCCGAGAGAAGUGAAGUGUUGAAGCAUCACACAGACAUGAGCAGUUCCAGCUUCUUGACAGCCACCCACCACCCACCACACAGUCCCCUGGUGCGACAGCUCUCCACCUCAUCCGACACCUCUGCACCCACCAGCUCUGGCUCACAGGUCACAGCCAGCACGUCCCAGCCAGUCCGGAGGAGAAGAGGAGAGAGCUCAUUUGAUAUUAACAACAUCGUCAUCCCCAUGUCUGUGGCCGCAACCACCCGUGUGGAGAAACUGCAGUACAAGGAAAUCCUUACUCCCAGCUGGCGAGAGGUCGACCUGCAUUCUCUGAAGGGGAGCCCUGACGAGGAGAGCGAGGAGAUCGAGGACCUGUCAGACGCAGCCUUCGCCGCCCUGCAUGCCAAAUGUGAGGAGAUGGAGAGGGCGCGGUGGCUGUGGACCACGAGUGUGCCACCCCAGCGUCGUGGCAGCAGGUCUUACAGGUCAUCAGACGGCCGGACGACCCCCCAGCUAGGCAGUGCCAACCCGUCCACCCCCCAGCCUGCCUCCCCCGACGUCAGCAGCGGCCAUUCUCUGUCGGAGUUCCCCCACGGCCAGUCCCCCAGGAGCCCCAUCAGCCCGGAACUGCACUCGGCACCGCUCACGCCUGUGGCUCGGGACGCCCUGCGGCACCUCGCCAGCGAGGACACCCGCUGCUCCACGCCCGAGCUGGGGCUGGAUGAGCAGUCUGUCCAGCCCUGGGAGCGGCGAACCUUCCCCCUGCCCUACAGCCCCCAGGCGGAGUGUGACGACCAGCUGGACGCGCAGGAACGGGCAGCCCGCUGCACUCGGCGCACCUCGGGCGGCAAGCCUGGCCGAGAGACCGAGGCGGCACCCACCUCCCCGCCCCUUGUCCCCCUCAAGAGUCGGCACCUCGCGGCGACGGUCACAGCUCAGCGCCCAGCUCACAGAUGAGCGGGACCCAAGAAUCUAAACAGACUCACUGAUUAUUGGCAUUAAAGCUUCAGAAAUCUCUGCGUUUGAUAUUCAAACAUCAUAUGCCGGAAAUUUUCACAGUUUUUAGUGAAUUUAAGGAAUUUAGAUUCUACUUUCUUUUUCCUUUUCUUUUUUUUUUUUUCUUUUAUUUCUUUUGUUUUGGUUUCCAUGUUUUGUCGUCACACACCUGAGCACUUCCUCCAGUUGGCAAACAGAAGUUUGGGGUCCGGCCCGCGGGCCUGGUCCUGCACAUCCUCUGCACUGUUGAAUCACUGGACUUAGCCACGUCCCCCCUCAGACCUGUGGGCAGGUGAAGGGUCAGGUGGGCCCCCGGCGGGGGGGACCUGCGGCUCAGUGUCGUCUCCCAGGGUUGGGGCGGGGGGACGUAGCUCCAGGUUCUUGCCCACACCUCCCCGCCUUGUCCCUCCCUUCUGUGUGUGGCCCCGCGCCGGCACCCGGCUGGACACUCGCAGACAGCCACUUGUCCACACGGAGCUCCGCCCUCGGCGGCUCUCCUUCUCCUGCAGAUCUCGGCUGUCUCCUCGGUGCCCUCUGCGUCCAGUCCUCUCGGGCCCGACUCAUCCACUGCAGUAACCUGGCUCACCGCUCAGGUCCCCGCCACCCUUCCGUGCCCUCCCCCGUGUCACCUGCCCCACCAGCCUGGGCCCUUCCACUUGGCAGGUGCGCACACCUGUCCUGGAGCUAGGAGAGCAGGGCCCCGCCCCUGUGCCCAUCUGGUGUGUCCUCGACGACCGAGUUGUCGCCAGGCCCGUCCCCUGCCUUGUCCCCUGCCUGUGGAACACUGUCCGCUCUGCUCCUGUCCCUCCCGGCAAACCUUGGCUGACCUUGUGCCUGUCUCAUGUAUGAUCACCAAAAAGGGGGCUUAAGGACUCAUUUUUUUUUCUUGGCCAUUUUGUAAUCGUAUGAAAAUAAUAGGCAAACUGCUUAAUGGUUGGGGUUUUUUCACAAUUUUCAACAUUAGUGAUCUUUUUUUUUUUUUUUUGAUUCUGUUUGCAAGUUUGUCAUUGUUUCUUUUAAAAAAAAACCAAUAAUGCACCAUAUCCCUAUGCAUAAAGUGCUUCUUCUAUUUAUAACGUUGAAAAUUCUGAAUAACCCUUUUAGCAUUGUAAAAAACAAAAAGGAGAAAAAUUGUAUUUUGUAAAUAUUUUCUUUUCCUGCUUUGAGCUGUGUAUUGGCAGCGAAACAUGUAGCUGUCUUUGUUCUAUAGAAAUGCUUUUCUUCAGAGAAGCUGAUCUUUGUUAAUGUCUUGAUUCUGUUCGCAAAGCACAGACUAGUGCUUUAAAAAAAAAAAAAAAGAAGGAAAAAUUGAAAAAAAUAAUAAAAAAAAAGUUACAGA